CGCGCCGAAAUUCAUUCGACAAUGCUCGCCCCAUGUUAUGAACACCUCUCCUAGUGCUUCGCGUCCUGUUGCUCCUUGGCCCAACGCUUAAGUAGGUCCGCCUCGCAGCAAUCCCGUCCGUCGACUCGAGCGCCUCGUCCCCCGCGCCACCGCGACCAUGUCCGAAUUCCACAUGUACCAUGACCCGGGCACGGCCGCUCCCAACCCCAACGGAGCUGGUAUGCAAGACGAAACCAACAAAUGGCGCCCGCCAGUCGCGGCAGGCCCUGCUGGCUACCAACAGCCUGGAAGCCCAGCGAUGGCUCAGGCACCGAAUCAAUACGCAGGCACGCCCGCCCAGUACGGCACCCCAGUGCAGCAGGAGGGGUAUUUCCCACACCAGGGCGCACCGCAGGCCCAUCCUCAGUACCAAAGCGAUGAAGAUGUCAACAACUUGGCGGGGCAGAUGGGCGCGGUCGGAUUAGGCGGGGAUCCAAUGGCACAGCCUAAGCCCAAGAAGAAACACAGGCACGCAUACCACAACCUCGAGGGCCCUGGAGGAAGUUCGCAGGCGUUCAAUGGCAUGCCUCAGAAUGGUGCGCCUGCACAAUUCGCGAACCAGAACUCGCCCCAAGUUGGCGGAGCGCAAUGGAUGGAGCCCCAGGUCACCCCCGCUAUGAGUCAGUUUCCCGCACCAGUGAAUCCCGUCUUCAGUCCUGGGGCUCAGGCUUCCCCCAUGCAGUAUGCGGCGAGGACGGCAGCGUCGCCACACCAACCCGGAGGAGCGGCUGUGGGAUCGGCGCAGGGUCGUGUGGAUCCCGAGCAGAUACCCAGUGUGCCCAAGUCGCGAGAUGCGCCAGCAAGAUACUACCUGGAGCAUGUGUACCCUACCAUGGAGCACCACCUGCCCCCGCCGGCUACGGUUCCCUUUGUGGCAUUUGACCAGGGCAAUUCCUCCCCCAAAUACGCACGCCUCACGCUGAACAACAUCCCGCUCACUGCGCAAGCACUUGCUGCAACUUCUCUGCCAUUGGGUAUGAUCAUACAACCGCUGGCAGCUCAGCAAGAAGGCGAGCAACCCAUACCGCUUCUGGACUUUGGAGAGACGGGUCCGCCAAGAUGUGUAAGGUGUCGAGGGUACAUCAAUCCUUUUAUGCAAUUCAAGGCUGGUGGAAACAAGUUUGUGUGUAACCUGUGUACCUAUCCAAACGACGUGCCCGGAGAAUACUUUGCCCCUACAGAUCAUGCCGGCGUACGGAUAGACAGACUUCAACGGCCUGAGCUUACCCUGGGCACGGUCGACUACAUGGUACCAAAGGAAUACUGGUCCAAGGAACCUGUUGGUCUACGCUGGCUGUUUUUGGUGGAUGUCACUGCUGAGUCAGUGAAUCGCGGCUUCUUGCACGGUUUCUGCGAGGGCAUCUUGAGCGCGUUGUAUGGCGAGUCAAGAGGCGAGACUGAAGAGACUGAAGCCACAAGCCGGCUGCCAAAGGGAGCCAAGGUCGGUAUUGUGACGUAUGACAAGGAGGUGCACUUUUACAACCUCAACCCCAACCUGAAGAGCGCUCAGAUGCUGGUCAUGUCUGACCUCGAGGACCCUUUUCUGCCAUUCAGCGAAGGCUUGUUUGUCGACCCCGCGGAAUCCAAGGGCACCAUCACCUCGCUUCUCACAAGUCUGCCCACCAUGUUCUCGGAAGUGAAGCAUCCUGAGCCAGCCCUGUUACCUACCUUGAACACUGCACUACAGGCGCUGACAGCGACGGGUGGAAAGAUUGUGUGUUCUCUCGCUGCACUUCCUACCUGGGGACCUGGUCGACUCAUGCUCCGUGACGAUAGCAAUUUGCACAACACAGAUGGCGAAAAGAAACUCCUUCAAACUGAGCAUCCUGGUUUCAAGAAGAUUGCUGAUAAGAUGGUCCAAAAUGGUAUCGGCAUAGACUUCUUCCUUGCAGCACCUAGUGGAGGGUACCUUGAUAUCGCAACUAUCGGCCAUGUAUCUGCUGCAACGGGUGGAGAAGUCUUCUACUACCCCAACUUCCACUCACCCAGGGAUCUACUCAGGCUGUCAAAAGAGAUUCAGCACACCGUCACGCGAGAAACCGGAUAUCAAGCGCUGAUGAAGGUUCGAUGCUCAAACGGUCUGCAGGUCUCUGCCUACCAUGGCAACUUCUACCACCACACUUUCGGCGCCGACUUGGAGUUUGGCGUCAUCGAUUCCGACAAGGCUAUUGGUGUCUUGUUUAGUUACGACGGCAAGCUAGACCCUAAGCUCGAUGCUCACUUCCAGGCCGCACUGCUCUACACGGCUGCCAAUGGUGAGCGGCGAGUACGAUGCAUCAAUAUCGUGGCUAGCGUGAGUCCAAACACGGGCGAAUGCAUGAAGUUUGUCGAUCAGGAUGCGGUGGUGAACAUCAUCGCCAAGGAAGCUGCUGCUCGUAUGACUGAGAAGAACCUCAAGGAGAUCAGGGGAGCUUUGACAGAGAAGACGGUUGAUAUACUUGCCGGCUACAGGAGGAACUUUACAGGCAACAAUCCCCCUGGUCAACUCGUACUACCAGAGAACCUCAAGGAAUUCAGCAUGUACAUCCUUGGCUUGAUCAAAUCGCGGGCAUUCAAGGGAGGUAAGGAGCCCACAGACAGAAGGGUCCACGACAUGCGAAUGAUCAAGUCAAUGGGUCCCUUGGAGCUGUCACUGUACCUUUACCCACGGAUCAUUGCAAUCCACAACCUCGACGCGGGCGAUGGAUUUGCAAAUGACAAGGGCCACCUUGUCAUGCCGGAGGGUACACGAGCAUCGUUUUCCAAGGUCGAGGAAGGUGGCGCCUACAUUGUCGAUAACGGUCAAGUAUGCCUGCUGUGGCUGCACGCGCAAGUGUCACCCAAUUUGCUUGAGGACCUGUUUGGUGAGGGCAACAACAGCCUCAAGGCACUGGAUCCGUUCCAAUCUUCACUCCCGAUUCUGGAGACUCAUCUUAACGCGCAAGUACGAAAUAUCCUGCGGUACCUGGCAGCCACGCGCGGCUCCAAGGCUCUCACUAUCCAGCUGGCGCGGCAGGGUCUCGACGGAUCAGAGUACGAGUUUGCCCGCUUGCUUUACGAGGACCGAAACAACGAGGCGCAAAGCUAUGUAGACUGGCUGGUGCAUGUUCACAGGCACAUACAAUUAGAGCUCGCAGGACAGCGGAAGAGGGAAGACACCGAUGUAGGGUCGACUUUUGUCGGGCUGCGAACACCCUACUGGGGCUAAAAGCGGUACUAAGCGUUGAUGGGCGGGUAUUGCAUAGCGAGAGUGGGAGCGCGGCGUACGUGGCUGUAUUGAGACAUUGGCAUC